UUUGCCUCGGAGGGGCUCGGUCCUCACUUCUGUGCAAAUGCAGGGGGAGGAAGAGGAGGUGGAUUGAUGAUGAGUCUGACUUAAGGCAAAUGAACUGAAGAGGAGUUUCUAAUUGACAACACUGUAUUCACAACGUUUUUUUCUUUUAAUUUGCUGGUAUGAGCAUAGCACUGGCCCCUGAGGAAUACAGGGUGCUUCAGACACAGAAGUAGGAAGUGCAGCAAGUGUCAGUGUGAGACUUCUGCCCUUGGAGUGCUGAGCUGUGAACUUACAAGCAAGACUGUGAAGUUAUAAGAAAGACCUUCAACUUGCCCUUCUUCAGGAGAAACCUCAGAUGUCUCUUUGCAGCAACUGAACAUCCCUCACGUUAAGGAGAAGGAUGCAAAGACGGAGGCGAUAGUACUAGCUACUUGGGAUGAGCAGCGGCUUCAGAUUGCUGCACGCGGCUGGAGUGCACUAACAGACUGGAUGUUUUGGGGGGGCUUUUCUUCAUUUUGGAUGAAACACUGAAAAACAGACAGCUUCACGCUUUCUUUUUUUUGAAAAUUUCAUCUGCUAGUCUGACCUGCUUAUGUGAGAAGCUGUGCCUCCUUUAUUCAUACUAGUCACACUGCGAGCAGACUGAAAGCUGUGGCAAGAUGUCCUUUCUGCUGGGUGCAGUGUGCUAGGAACUGAGAGGGUCUUGCAGCUUCGUGCAGAAACUAUUUUGGCAUUUUCAGUCCAUUAAGUACAACUGAUUUUUCUUUCUUCUCUCUAGUAAAACCAGGUAUUGGCUUCUGAGGGAAAGCACAUACAAUACAAAAAUAACCGCACUGCACCCAUUUCCAGCUCUUUUAAUCUGCGUCCUUUUUUUUUCUUUUUUGGUAGCAUUUGAAUUUGGCAAAGAAAUUUUAUGUUCCAUUGACAUUUAAAAACAAAACCAGAGUAUCUUUCAGUGUGUUAGAAGAGCAUAAUUCUGAAGAGCUGAUUUUUUAUUUCCUUUGGUGCAUAACUUGGUGGAGAUACAGGGAUACACAUCCAUGUCUCAGCGACGCCUUUUAAGGGAAGGACAUGAAAGUCAUUUUAGGAUCCUACCAAGAUUCAUCCAAAUCCUUCAUGGCAGACGGCACUCACGAAAUAACCCACGCCAAAUAUGCUCUGAUGAAAUCAUGCAUCAGGAUAUCAUUCCCCUCUAUGCUGCAGAUAUUCAGGACCAGUUAAAGAAACAAUUUGCUUACCUGUCAGGUGGAAGAGGGGGAGAUGGAUGCCCCGUUAUCACCUUUCCAGACUAUCCAGCUUUCAGCGAGAUCCCCGAGAAGGAGUUCCAGAAUGUCCUGACCUACCUGACGAGCAUCCCAAGUUUACGAGAUGCUGGAAUUGGAUUUAUUCUUGUCAUAGAUCGCAGACAGGACAAAUGGACCUCCGUGAAAGCUUCCAUACUGCGGAUAGCAGCAUCUUUCCCGGGAAACCUGCAACUAGUCCUCGUUCUGCGCCCAACAGGAUUUUUUCAUCGAGCUCUCUCGGACAUUGCUUUCAAAUUCAACAAAGAUGAGUUUAAAAUGAAAGUACCUAUCAUAAUGCUGGGCUCAGUAUCAGAACUGCAGGGUUACAUUGAUAAAACACAAUUAACAGAAGAUCUUGGUGGCACCCUGGAUUACUGCCAUAACAGAUGGCUGUCCCGUCGCACUGCUAUAGAAGGUUUCGCCCAAAAGGUUAAGCAAACAGCUCAGAUUCUUCAGUCCUUUGGGACUGAGCUGGCUGAAACAGAACUACCGAAUGAUGUGCAAUCAACCAGCUCCCUUCUUGCAACACACACAGAAAAGAAGGACAAAAUGAAGGAGGAUAUCAGGUUAGCAGUAGAACAGGGAGAUGAUAUCCUUGAAAGUAUUACAAAACCAGUUACUGAGAAUCCUGAAUACAAACUGAAUCAAGAUCAGCUAGACAAUCAAACAACGGUAGAAAGGCUUCUGGCUCAAUUACAUGAAACAGAGACUGCUUUUGAUGAGUUCUGGAUUAAGCAUCAGCAAAAACUUGAGCAAUGUCUGCGCCUUCGGAAUUUUGAACAGAAUUUCAGAGAGGUCAAAGCAGCUUUGGAUAUUGUGUCUGAGAGACUGUCUACUUUCACAGAUGUAGGAAACAGCUGUUCACAUGUGGAGCAUAUUUUGAAAGAUCUUGCCAACUUUGAAGAAAAAUCAUGUGAAACUGUAGCAAAAGCCAGAAUGCUAGCCUCAGAGGGUGAUGCUUUUAUUCAAAGCAAUCAUUAUGCUGUGGAUUCCAUUAUUCCAAAAUGCAGUGAACUUCAUCAUCUCUGUGAUGCCUUCACUACUGAGACAGAACGGAGGAGGAAUCUUCUUAACAAAUCGCUAGAACUGCAUGGCUUACUAGAAAAGUCUCUGAAGUGGUGCGAUGAAGGAAUUUAUUUGCUGGCUUCGCAGCCGGUAGAUAAGUGUCAGUCUCAGGAUGGUGCAGAAUCAGCAUUACAGGAGAUCGAGAAAUUCCUGGACACUGGUGCACGCAAUAAAAUCAAGGAGUUGAAUAAAAUUUACAGAGAGUAUGCACACAUCCUCAAUGAGGACCUAAAGGAGCAUGUGCAAAAGGUUUUUCAGAAGCAAGAAAGUAUGGAAGAAAUGUUUCAAAAGAGACAAGUAAGUCUUAAGAAACUGGCAGCUAAGCAGACACGUCCUGUUCAGCCAGUUGCACCAAGACCUGAAGCCUUUGUAAAAUCUCCUUGUACCUCUCCAGGUCUUCAAAGAGAAUACGUAUCCAACUCGGAAAGCAGUGUGCUUCGGAGAGUAAACUGCAGAAGAGGAAAGAGUGAAAUGACUGAACUCCAUCAAAGCAGAGGAGGAUCUACAAUGGAUGAUGAAGAAAACCUAGCUGUGUUACGGCAGCAUGUAAUGAAUGAACUUAUUGAGACUGAACGAGCAUAUGUGGAAGAACUUCUGUGUGUUCUUGAGGGUUAUGCUGCAGAGAUGGACAACCCCUUAAUGGCUCAUCUCAUUUCACCAGAACUCCAAAAUAAGAAGGAUAUCUUGUUUGGGAAUAUGGAAGAAAUUUAUCACUUUCACAACAGAAUAUUCUUGAGAGAACUAGAAAACUAUGUAGAAUUCCCAGAACUAGUAGGACGGUGCUUUCUGGAUCAGAUGGAAGAUUUCCAGAUUUAUGAAAAGUACUGUCAAAAUAAACCUCGAUCUGAAAGUUUGUGGAGGCAGUUUUCAGAUUCUGUAUUCUUUCAGGAGUGUCAAAGGAAACUCGAUCACAAGCUCAGUUUGGACUCAUACUUGCUGAAACCCGUUCAAAGAAUAACCAAAUACCAAUUACUGCUAAAGGAAAUGCUGAAGUACAGUAAGAACUGUGAAGGUGCUGAAGAUCUCCAGGAGGCAUUAACUUCUAUAUUGGGUAUUCUCAAAGCCGUUAAUGAUUCUAUGCACCAGAUAGCUAUUACAGGCUACGAUGGAAACCUGAAUGAGCUGGGCAAGCUUUUAAUGCAGGGAUCCUUCAAUGUCUGGACUGAUCAUAAAAAGGGUCACUCGAAGGUGAAGGAUUUGGCACGCUUCAAGCCAAUGCAGCGACACCUCUUCCUCCACGAGAAAGCAGUGCUGUUCUGUAAAAAGCGAGAAGAAAACGGAGAGGGAUAUGAGAAAGCACCUUCUUAUAGCUACAAACACUCCUUAAAUAUGGCAGCAGUUGGAAUAACAGAAAAUGUCAAAGGUGAUGCAAAAAAAUUUGAAAUCUGGUAUAAUGCAAGGGAAGAAGUUUACAUUAUACAGGCACCAACCCCUGAAGUUAAAGCUACUUGGGUAAAUGAAAUAAGAAAAGUGCUGACAAGUCAACUGCAGGCAUGCAGAGAAGCUAGUCAGCACAGGACACUAGAACAAACACAGAGUUUACCUCUACCAGCAUCAUCUUGUACAAGUCCUUCACGGAACCACAUCAGAAACACCAAAAAAAUGGAGGAGAGAAAAGCUGAUCUCACAAGUCUAGAAGGUUAUGGCACCGCAGUAGCGCCAAAGUACCCUGAGAAAGGCAAAGAUGACACUAGCUCUACCUCAGAAUGCUCUGUACUGUCAAAAAAGCGCUUUACACUGCAGGGCUUUACUAACCUCAAAAGUCAGAAAGAAACUCCAUCUCCUUCUGCUAAAAGCCAGACAUUGCCAAUGAUCCUUCUUACAGGACCAGCUUCUCCUACCAGUCCUGACAAAAAAGCUAAACGGCAUGAAGUAGUGAGUGACCCAACUCCUUUUGGUUUAAGAGGUUGGGCUAAAACAUCUCAUUCUCUUGAUGCAUCUGAAGAAAAUGACGGCUGGUCUAGUGCUGAAGAUCCGCUGAAUUCAUCAGAUGCGGAGGAAGAAGGAGGAGGAGGGGGAGGCGAGAUGAAGCUGACUCCUGGUAAAUACACAGUUGUGACUGAUUAUGAGAAAGGAGUUUCUGAAGAAUUUACAGUGAAAAGUGGAGAACUAGUUCAACUGAUACGUGAAGGGGAGGAUGGACUUUGGUAUGUAAAGAACCUGAGCACUGGUAAAGAAGGUUGGAUCCCAGCAAACAAUCUGCUGAUGCUCAUCGGCAAUUCAAAAUCAGCUCAAUCUUUAAGCAGCUCUGAAUCGGGCACUGCCUCCAGCACUUUGAGCACAUCAUCAAGUUGCAGUGAUAGCUGCAAUGCCAGCAGCACCAGCUUCUCCGACAUAAAGGGCUAACAUUAAAUUUUCACCCCACCUCCAUGGAAGGUAAAUUCGGAGUUUGUCAUUUUGUGCAGAGUUCUUAGACAUUGGACUCCAACGGAGAACCACCACCAGUUCUGUGUUGCCAGCUCUGAGUAUUUUCCAUGGUGAUUUUUGCAGGUUCUCUCAGAAGAUCCCAAUGAAAAGUGCAUGGAAUGUGAAGUUGUAAAUAAAAGUCGAAUGAUUUGAAAUAGGGUCUUGUAGAGGCUUCUGACCUGAAGUCUGAAGCUGCAGGCAGAGCUGUUAGCAUAAAACACAUUUUCUCACUGAUACACAGUCAGGUUUCUGUAGAACUGUAUCAUUUCCUGACAGCCAGAACCUGAAUGUGAGAAAACAAAAUGUGUUCGGUGCUAAAUCCUUGUUGUAAACUAAUAACAUAGUAAUCACUGUACAGGAUAGGUAUGAAGAAAAUAAAUCUGAGUUUACAAUUUCUCCUCCCAAAACCACCCCUUUCUCCAAGGACAUACCUCGGUCAGUGCAGUGAAUGGGACUCUUACAGCAACUGGGAAGGAGAUUUGGUCCAGCCUUUUCUCUUCUCUUGGGUCUUCAGGAUAUUCCUCUGCUCCCUAGAGACUGGGAUGCAGACAUGACCGAUUCACUGACCACAACAGCAUCAGAAGAAACUAUUAUUUUAUCCUUUCUAACCUUUUAAUGAUGUGUGCAAUGGAAUAGCUGUUUUCUGAGGUAUUUUGGCCUCACAACCAAAUUCUUUACCAAGAUCACUAUGUUUACAUAGCCUUGGCAAUUUAGUAGUAUCUUUUUCCUUAUGUAGGUGCACAAUGAAACACAAAUGUUCUUAGUCACUAAAUGAUUUCUUAAUAAACGGUAAUUGCAUGGCCACCUUCAGCUCUCACAAUUAACAUGCAGUUACAGGCAGAGGAUACUAUUGUGGCUGCACUAUGGGUCAAGAGCCCUCCUUCAGAAAAACCUGUGAGGGCUAGAAUCAGACAUAUUUUUAGUCAAUAGUGUUUGUUGCAGAUUUAUUCAAAGAGAAAAAAACAAAGACAUAAUUUUUCUAUAAAAGGGGAGCAUGGGAGAAAAAAAUCUUUAGUAGAGAAGAGUCAGAUUUAUGCUACAGACAAGUAUUUUAAAUUUUUUUAAAGGAAGGGUGAUGCUACACUCACCAUUUUUCAAGGUCUGAUGUAAGCCAAUGUUGUAAAUUUUCACAUCGUCAGCUGUUCUUUGCAUGUCAUCCUUACAAACGGUCCAAAACUGUGUGCAUGUAUGGAAUAUUCUAUUCAUUCCUGUCCAUCUCUCAAGUAUUUUUACUUAUAUGAAAAUAGGUUUUUAACUGAUUCAUGUACCAUAUUACUUAAAAAUAAUGUGGAUAUUAAAAGCAUAGUUUUUCAGAAGCACUAAGCACAGCAGAUUAUGUCAACGGGAUCUGCUGUUAAUCAGUCAUCAGACCCUCUGAUGGCUGAGCGCUGAAGUCUAUCUUUACGCCAGAAUUUUAUAUUUUAGAGGCUGCAGCUUAGGAAACUUAAAUGACAAAUACUCUAAAGAAUGAUCUUACUCCUAGGUUGCAAAAGCAACCCUACCCCAGAUGCAAUCAAAAUGCAGCUGACCACGGUCAGUACAAAUUCAAACAUAUAUACACACACAUGUAUUCAUGCACAUAUAUAUAUGUGCAUGUAUGUGCUUGUGUGUAUAUGUGUGUGUGUAGAUAUGUAUAUCUGUGUAGAUAUAAUGUAUCAAUGUAAAAGAUGUAUUUAUAGUCUUCAUGCUGCUGAAUGUGUCACUUUACAAUUCAUAAAUACUUAGGUUUCUUGCAAUACUGCAAUAUAAAGGCUGAUCAGGGUUUUACUUCAGGCAUCUUUUCCAACACAGAAAUCCUCUGAUCUUUUUUUAAUUAUCCCAUAUAAUACUGUGCUGACCAGGAAUAUUUAGUCUGAUUUAACAAUGGAAUGGCAACAUGAGAUUCAGCUUAUCUUCAUCUAUGUAAGUUAUUUUGUAAAUUAUCUGUAACAUACUUAUAUAUUGCUGUCAUUGCUAGGAUGAGACUGUCCUUUCAUUUUUCACUGCAGCCUCAUUUGUGUUAUUUCAAUGGUUUUCUCCACAUCAUUGCACUUUAAUACAACCCAUUUCACCGUUUCCUUUUUUUACUGCUGUUGUGAAUUAGAAGUUCAAAGUCAGAGGUCUCUAUUGUAAUCAAUUUGAAUAAAUUUCAGCGCCUCUUGCUGAAUGCCUUUA